AUGGAGAUUGGAGGAAAGCACUAUGGAGCAUUUAGAGAAGAAGAGAUUAUCCAUAUGCAAAACUUGGUGAAAAUUAUUGAGAAUGGAGCUAAUAAUGAAUUUGUAACUAUAUCAUUAUUCAAGAUAUUAAGCUCAAUGAUUAUAAAGUUAAAUCGACAAAUGAUGGAGAAUGAAAAGACAAAACGAGAACAACUCGAAGAGGUAGUUGGUGCUAUUAAUUUCUUGAAAAGUCGAGUGGAUGAAAGCAAUGAAGCAGUUCAGAGCAUUAUCAAUGAAGCUCCAAAAGAAAGAGUAAGAAGAGACCCAAUUAUUGAGAUGAAAACACUUGAAGCAAAAGAAAGUCAAGAGAAACAAGAAGUGAAAGGAGAGAUUGAAAUUAGUACAAGAGAAACGCUAGAAAGUUUUGGAAUUGGAAAGGAAAUUGAAGAGGUUAAAGAGUGGAUUGGAAAGAAAGAGUAUCGUACUAUCUACGAUUCUAGUGUUGAUGGAUUAACAUCAUAUGGUUUAAACGAUAAAAUUUGUGGAAAGAAGAAUGUGAUGGUAUUUAUUAAGACAAGUGAUGAGCAAAUUAUUGGGACAUAUAGCAGUGUGGUAAUUCCUACACCAAGUUAUGAAGGAGAAUAUUGUUUCAUAAGAAAUGAUAAAGAAUUCUUUAUUCUAAAGAAAGAAGGAGAACAUAUGAAACGAAUUGUUAAAAGAGAAAGGGCAGAAAAGAGUGACGCUAGCUUAAUGAUUCAUUGUUCAAUGGAUGAUGUGUUUUAUGUUUCAAGAGCUUUUUGUAUUAAAACAAAAGGGUCAUUUGUUCUUCCAGGAAUUAGUCAAGAAUAUGAAAUUGAAGAUUCAUUAGGAGAUGAUUAUUUAGUAGGAACACAUGAUCCAUCGAAGUUUGAUGUUAAGAAGAUGUAUGCCAUUGAAUGGAAUUAA